AUGGCCAUUAGUCAUAAAUUUGUCGAGUGUGUUAAUUUCCUAGAGAGACAGAAUAUUAUUUUGUGGAAGAAAGGAACAUACUGUUUUUGCUAUUGUGAUGAGAGGAGAUUAGGUGAUAUCAUUAUACAAGUGCAGUUUCAGAUUUUAUUUUUCAUAACUUUUGCUCAUCUUAGUCUUAUUACUACUUCUACUUCUGGACUUGAGCAGUCAAAAUGCGCUAUUGCACCAGUUGUGAUGGAUGAAGAUGCUGAUCAAAAGAGUACAAGGAAGGAAGAAACUAUGUCCAGUCACGAAAAACAUAUUCCAAAACCAGUUCCAAACUCUCAAGGAGAUAACAAAUACGCUGGCAUAGUUAACUGGAAAAGUGGAGAAAUAGUUGCGCCUGAUGUUCCUGCUGAUAAGAACACCUCUGGGGAAGUAAAUUCAGAAGCUUCCAUGACAACUGAUGAUGUUAUACGAGCCGGAGGGUUUGGAGCUAGAGAUGAUAUAAAUAGCUUUCUUCCUGUUGCAAGUGAUUCAACCGAUUUUGAAGAAUCUAUUCUUGAAGCUAGAAACUAUGAAGAACCACAGGGAGAAGUACGCAGACCUGGUCUAGGCUGGAAGCAAUCAGCAGAAGAAGAUUAGCUCGUUUGAUCCUAAUGUAGUGAGUCGCUGUUAACUUUUGCUCACCUUAGUUGUUUUUAAUACUUUGUUGUGCGCGCUGUCACAUGGCACAUUAGGUUUCUUUCGUUUGUCUUAUUUUCAUAUUUUGCUUUUGUUCUCUUGUACAGUCUAGGACCAAACAUGUUAUUUCUAUAUGCCCGUAGAAAUGACUGAAAUUAAGAAUAACCUAUCUAAAGGAUUUGCUUAAGAUAACUUGCUGUAAUGUUAUUGAUACAAGUCCUUUCACAA